AUGAGGGUGAUACGCAAUUACAAGAACUCAGCAAAAGAGUUCUCACAGCCUCUGUCACCUCAAUUCUCCAACUUCCUACCUACACGUGGUGCCCCUGUUAAGCCGAGCAACUCAGCGGAAGGUUGGUGCAAAGAGAAGCACUGCAUAGGAACAUGGAAUGUAAGAUCCAUGUACCAAGGAAAACUAGACAUAGUGAAAAGAGAAAUGGAGAAAAUUAACAUCGACAUAUCGGGAAUAAGUGAAAUGAGGUGGACUGGCAUGGGAGAAUUUGCUUCGGAUGACCAUAUGGUGUAUUAUUCUGGGCACGAUAACAACAGAAGUAAUGGAGUAGCCUUCACUGUUAGUGGUAAAGUGAGAAAAGCUGUAAUGAGAUGCAAAUAUAAACAUGAUAGAAUGAUGUCCAUCAGAUGUCAAGGUCAGCCCCUCAACAUCACAGUAAUUCAAGUUUAUGCGCCAACAGCCGAUGCUGAAAAGGAAAUUGUUGACCAGUUCUAUGGAGAUUUACAAGAAUUACUACUGUCAACACCAAAAAAGGAUAUCGUCUUCAUAGUUGGAGAUUGGAAUGCAAAAGUGAGAAAUCAAGCUGUAGAAGGUAUAACAGAGAAAUAUGGUCUCGGUACAACAAAUGAAGCAGGACAGAGACUCCUAGAAUUCUGCCAAGAAAAUUCAUUGAUAAUUACUAAUACACUGUAUCGACUACCAAAACGACGCCUAUAUACCUAGACGUCGCCAGAUGGUUAACACCGCAACCAAAUUCAUUACAUACUUUGUAAUCAGAGGUGGAAGAGCGCGGUUCAGUCAGCUACAACAAGACCUGGGGCUGACUGCGGAUCAGAUCAUGAGCUCCUGAUUGCAAAAUUUCGGCCGAAACUUCAGAAUGUAGCAAAAAGUAUCCCAACUUGCAGAUACGACCUUAAUUCUAUACCCUCCGACUAA